GCUCCACUGACUGCUGCCCCUGUAAUAAACCCCCCAGAAACUGAAUACCUCAAUAAAUAAAAAGGGAUCUCAUAAGAGGUGAGAUGAACCUUGAAGAGUAUUUUGCAAGAACUGGCUAUAAAGGCUCCACUGAGAAACAAGAUUUGGAAACCUUAACCGAUAUAUUCCAGCAUCACAUCUGUGCUGUUCCCUUUGAAAACCUCAGCAUCCACUGCGGGGAGAAAAUUACUUUGGAGUUGGAGCACGUUUACAACAAGAUUGUGAGGAGGAAGAGGGGUGGCUGGUGCAUGGAAAACAACCAGCUGCUGGGCUGGGUGCUGAAGAGCCUGGGCUAUGACACCAGCUUCCUGGGAGCCUACGUGUUCAACCCCCAGCAGAAUGCCUACGCCACCCUCAUGACCCACCUGGUGGUAAAGGUGGUCAUCGAUGGCAAAGCCUACAUCGUUGAUGGAGGAUUUGGGGUGUCCUACCAGAUGUGGCAGCCCAUGGAGCUUGUGCCAGGAAAAGACCAGCCCCAGGUUCCCGGCGUGUUCCGCUUCACAGAGAAAAACGGCGUCUGGUACCUGGAGAAAAUGAGAAGGAAACAAUACAUCCCCAACCAGAGCUUCUCCAACUCUGACCUGCUGGAGAAGAAGGAGUGUCGCAAGGUUUAUAUGUUCAGCCUCGAGCCACGGACAGUGGAAGAUUUCCGUUUCCAGUGCACAUACCUCCAGACCUCUCCAGAUUCCCUCUUCACAAAGAAGUCCAUCUGCACCCUCCAGACAACCGAGGGAUUCCGGGCGCUGAUUGGGUGGACGCUCACUGAGACCACGUACAACUACAAGGAAAACAUGGAUCUGGUGGAAUUUGUAACUCUUGAAGAUGAAGAGGUGGAAAAAACUCUCAAAGAGAAAUUUAACAUCACCCUAGAGAGAAAACUUGUCCCCAUUAAUGUUAAAGGAUCUUACACAAUCUAG